AUGGCAAGAUUGCUUUCCAUCGUCUCUAUCUUCCGCUGCCUGGCUUACCCGGAUGCCGAGAAAGAUUUUGCACCAUUGGAGACAGCGGCAGGAUCCGUACUGGAGCCAAUAUCCGGUUCCUUGACAUCUGCUAUUGCCACGAUACAUGUACUACUAGGGACGCUCACUCGGCAGCCAUACAGAGAUUGUGCAUUCUUGAAGAGACGUUUACAGAUAGAGAAGUGUGCCGCUUCAAUACUGCGCAACAUAAACCACCAGCCUGUCUUUGAUGUAUUCAAGGACGGCCAAGGUUCAAAGGAUCUGCAUGCAUCUUGCAAGGCAUUGAAGCGUUGA